AAGGGUAUUAAUGGUGCAGGGGUGAGUAAAAACCCUUUAAACCAACUUAAAUGCAUAAUUACAAUUACUCUUCUUUUUUUUCUCCCCAUCCUUUUAAUAUUUGAACUGGUUAGGCAAAUAUCAAUACACAUGAUCUCCAAACUGUUUUUCAUGAAUAUGUUUUAGUUAUUUGUUUUGUCGGGUAAUUUUAAUUUUUCCUUUGUUUCAACUUUAUGAGGAUACGUUUCCAUACCCAAAGAGAAAAGAAAAAGAAAAAUUGCCUUACACUCUGUUUGCCCCCCAAAUUUUGCAUAACUUAUUGUCUUGAAAUGCUCUUGGGAAAAUGCAAUACUCCCAGGAGCAUUUAAAAACAAUGGUUUAUGCAGAAUUUGGGGGGCAAACAGAGUGUAUUAUGGGCAAUUGGAAAAUAGAGAAUGGAUACACUGCAUAUUUUGGAAUUAUCGUUUUUCAAAAUAACAAUAAUUGUCACCCCAUGUAAGGGAAUUCGGAUUCCGGAAUCCGGGAAAUUUUGGCUCGUGGAAUCCUGAAUCCUGGAAAAAUUUGUUGUGGAAUCCGGAAUCCUUGGCUAUGUAAUACAGCUUAAGGAAUCCGGAAUUCCAGGCUUCAAAUCCAGAAUCCAAGACCUUGUUGGAUUCCCUUACAUGAUGCAAUUAUUGCAAAUAAAGAGGAUCUGGUCUAACCCAUUCAAAAACGGAACCAUCCUCAACCUCCCGACGGAUUCCGUCCGUUCUUUUACUUGUGACGUCAUCGCACUUAAACCACGCCUGAACGAAGAAAAACGCAAAAAACAAUGUAAAGUUGAGUCGAAAUUGAAAUCAAAACCUUGUUACCCUUCCUUUCUUCUAAGCGCACUAUCCUUUCAGCUCUCCUAAAAAAUUUACCCACUAAAAUGAAGCCCAGUAGAUGCACCACAAAAUAAUAAUAAUGACUCUCUCUCUCUCUCUCUCUCAGUUUUUUAAGUGCAUUUAAGCUCCCAGUACAUGUGCUUAGAUUGUUAAUCGGUUUUCUUGAUAAGCUUCAUUAUAUUAGAUUUGACAUCGUUGUUCAGUGCAAGAAAGUGAGAACUGACGUACAAUUUAGGAAUUUGCAAUGAAAGCUCUUUACCACUUUUAGCUAUCAAAUAUUCUCUUACUAUUUCUCUGAAGUUCUUCCGUACAAAAUUAAUUGACAAUGUUUCAGGUAGAAAAAGUAAGUUGCUGGAGUGCUUGGGAUAAAGCCUCUGCGACUACUGUUGAACAGCCACAUCCUCCCUCCGAUUUGCAUAAAGAAAGGGAGAAUUUGAUGUUAGGGCGGGAGUCACCAAGGACCUUAUUUCAUGCACCCCUGGAAGUACAUGUAAAAUGCGUUUUGACGUCUCUUUCAUUAUUUUUAGUGGAAUUUUUUAUCAAGCCAGGUAUAUUCAGUCUGUGACAUUACCAUUCCAACCAGGCCAACAAACUGGCUACGAACAGAUUUUAUUGCCGUCAAGGAUGCUAAAAUGCUGAAUAUUAAACUGAAAUACAACCUUCGUAGAUGUCCACCUCCACCAGAGGCAACCUCUUUCUGCAAACACAAGUGGAGCAUUUAUGUGCUUCAUGUAGAAAAAGAAGUAGUUGGAGUUGAUUUAGACCCAGUCACAGCUAAAGAAGUAACAUACCAGAAGGUAACAACAAUUGCGCCAACAGUAAUGCCUGCACCUGGAAAAGUAGAGCAAUAUGAUUACGAUGUUAAAAUCAUAACCAAAAAGGGAGGUGUGUAUCUUGCAUUCUUAGACCAAGGAGCCUGUGUGUCAAUAUCAAGUGUUACUGUGAGCUACAAUUAUUGCCCCGAGAUUGGCAGUGUUUUGGUGAGAUUUUCAAGGACAAGUGCUCCCGUGAAUGACUCUUAUCCAAAGGAACAAACAGGACGUUGUACGGAUGUGAACUCAAUCAACAAAAUGAAACUGUCAGGCGUUUGCCUCAGUAGCGGAGAAUGGAAUGUCACUGAUGGAAUCAAAUGCCUCUGUAAACCUGGCCAUGAGCUUGUCAUCGGAUCUGAGGGAAAUGUCCUUGAAUGCAGUGGUAUGAACGUAAUUUCUCUUUUUUUAAGUGUGAUGGUGGAAGUUUUAUUAUUAUUUUUAUUAUUAUCCGCCACAUAGUGCUAAGGAAUGUCUUUACCAAUCUUCUUUUUAAGCGUGCCUUAAAGGCUUUUACAAGAGUGUUGCAAUAAACAGUAAAUGUGACGAGUGUCCUGCAAACUCAGCGUCUAAUACUGGAAGAACAGGUUGCUUAUGCCAUGAAGGGUUCUACAAGAAGCCUGGAUUACAUGUAGCUUCUUGCAAAGGUAAUCGCAGAUCCCCGAGUUCUAAAAUUCUGUUUAUUAUUCAGUAAAAAUAUUUCGCCGUUUCUGAAUGGCCAAAAUCCUCCCGCUCUUUCUUCACAACCAACCAGCGUUGAAACGCCAAAUUACAAUAACUAUAUUAAUAGGAAAGCUCUUUAAGGGUAUAAUUUAGAACUUUCCGGCUCUACAGAUCUAUUUCGAGGUAGCUUUAUUUAGCAAGAAUAAACCAAGUCUUUGAAAAUAUUUAGCUUAUCGAGGGGGACAUGGGGAUUUGAGGUGUAGCGGUGUCGCUUAUUGUUUUUGGUGUGGUGUUUCGGUGAUCUUUUAUUUAAUUAUUAUUAUUUUUUUUUUCACUACUGUCUGCCAUGACUCCGCAUGGGCGUUGCAUGCAUUUUUCUAUCUGCAUGACUGAAAAUAGAGUUUGCAAAAAAUAGAGUAAGUGAAGAAUAGAGUCUUGAGGUCAGUCUAACUCUCCACGGUGGGGCCAAACUACCCCCUAAAUGUUGCACCAAUGCUUAGGUAGUUGUGUUAUUUUACAAUAACUUUGUUGGCUUUUUAGCUUUUUUUCACGAAAGUUGACCUGAAAAUGCAAAUUGUUAGUUGCUAGCAUGUCUUAAGAUAUUCAGAUAUUCAUGUCUUAAGAUAUUCAGUUAUGACGUCCUGUUUGCAGACGUCAUUUUUACGUAAAUUUUAAAUUUUUGAAUCUCCCAAUUUUUUUGUUUUCUUUUGUUCUUUUUCUGAAAGAUCUAAAAAAAGGGAGUUGAAAGCUCAAUUUUUUUGAAAUAUCUCAUAUAUAAGCUGAGAUAUCGCAGUUUGAAUUUGGCUAAAUUUGUAGAACAAAACCUGGAACCCCCCUUCCGGAAAUAACUCUAAAUUUAAGUGUUUUCUUGUUAAAUUGCCCUCACUAUUUAAGUUGCAUAUAAGACAUAUUGACCGUCGAAAGCUAAAAGAAAAUAAACAUUUAAAAAAAAAGAAAUUUCCAACUGCGCAGAAUCCCGGAAAAAAAGUUUGUGACGUCGGAAAAUGUCACGUGAUCUUUUUUAUAAUGCUUAAAUAAGCGUUAUUACGUCAAAAAAUGAAGAUAUAAAAUCAUGCAAUUUUAGUCCACAAUGAAAGGUUUGUGGUACCAAAAAAUCUGGUUAUUUUGUAUAAAACUGUCAAUACCAGAGCAAUCGUUUUUUUAAGAAAAACUAUGGAUCCGAGGGGCACACUAUAAUAUUUUUGAAUUCCCAUAACUCGGCUCAUACGUGUCGUAUCGAAAAGCGUUUUUCGGUGUUUUGCCCCUCUUCUGGUGCUCUCUCAGAUGAUAUAAGUUUGACUCAAAAAGUCAAAAAGAAAACAAUUUUCCCUAUUUUGGUGACGUCAGCCAGUGUGACGUCCAGUUUGUACUUUUAACUAAAAAAUCCAAAAAAAAAUUUAGUCACUAAUUGUAGUCCAUGAAGCAUGUUUGGUUAACAAAUAACAAAAAUCGUAAGAAAAAUGUAAAUUUAGCACUCAUGCAACAUUUGAGGGGUGGUUUGGCCCCACCAUGUCUACCAAUCACUAACCAGCUCCGAGAUCAUCCAUCCCCAAUUAUGUGGAGAUUUGGAUUAGAUUAAUCGUAGAACAAAACCCCUAUAUGUGAUUUGUUUUAAAUAAAUGAAAAAAAAAAUCAAAUAAUUAUGCUAACUUAUGCAAAUCAAUCCUCUCUCAGCUUUACCAAAGGCACCACGUAGUGCAAUUGUCGCUGUUGUUAAAGAGACUUAUGUUGAGAUUAUGUGGGAACGCUCACCUGAUGAAAGCGAUGGAAAGUUAAGAUAUUCUGUACAUUGCUUCAGAUGCAAGUCCAGCAAAUACAAGGAUUGUAAUGAGUCAUGUGGACCAAGUGUAGAGUAUAAACCGAAUAAGGACAACAUCACAGAUGAAACUGUGGCUGUAAAUGGCUUGCCUUCUGAUAGUUUCCUAAAGUUUCGAGUUUACUCUGUCAGUGAGUUAAAUGAACAGGAGAAAGAUAGAGACAAAUGGAAUUAUGUUACAGUAACAGUAAAUACUAAAGGUAAGUAAUAAUUAGCUGAGGACAGGACUACCGUUGACGAGUUGUUUACCUGCUCAGACAAACCUAAUUAUUAUACACCACCGUCACUGUAGCAAAGCCAUUUUCAGGGACGACUUAGAGAAGAUGUUUCCAAUAUCCGAAAAUUACUUCAAUAGAUCAGGGUAAUCUGUAGAGAAACAUCCCUUCAUUUUCUUCGGGACAGGCGUGCAAAAGAACGUGGCAUCGAUCGAGGUAAGCAUGUUUUACAAACUUCUGCUUCUUUUUAAGCUAUGUAUUAUGCAUCAGUCAAUUCCAGCCGCGUCCAUCUCACCGGCUACUGCGGAGCAUUUGCUCGCCUCCUCUGUUCCGGGGGUAGGGAAUUAGCAAUUUUAUGUGGCCAUGGGGUCGGGUAUUUGUCAAAACCGGGGCUACUCCCUAGCUUUUGGCACGCACGUGGUUGAUCCCUAUCCAAAUAUAACUAAGCGUGAAGGAUUUUACUGGAAACACAAUCCUUUGCAGAUUCAGUUUGCUGAUCGAUCAAGGACGGGAAAAACUUAUAUAGGUUUUUAAAGGCAUGUUUUCUCGAUAUCACACAUGUAUUUCUCCAUUGCUUAUCAAACCAGAACUUGGGAAGAUAUCAACGGACGUAAAUCGACGUAAUUAGUUUCUUUAUUUAAUGAAAUUUCCGUUGAUCGGAUAUUUGAAUAAAAUCAAGGGGUAAUGAUUCUAAUUCUUAUAUGAUCAUGCAUGAUCAGUCUAUUAUUUAAAGAACCGCCUUUCAUAUUAUUAAACUACCGGUACUAUUAACUAUUAGUAUUCACCAAAUCAGUGGAUAGCAAUUUUCGCGCGUUCUGAUUGGCUCCCGUAACCUUGAAUAUUCUUCGAUGUUCACUGUUUUGGGACGGGAUUCAAAAUGGCUUCUCGUUUCGCGACAGUUUCGAAAGAUGACAUUUUAGCGGAAAAUGAAGCAGCUGCGCCAGCAAAUACCAAGAAAGAGACAAAAUUUGGCUUGUCAGUGUUUACUGGGCGAUAGAAAAAGUUUUCUUACUGAAUUUGCAACAAAAUUACAAAAAAUGAUCCCGAAAAACUGUCAAUUGAAACGUAAACAAACUCUAACUAAGUGACGUCUUGUAGUUACAAAAAGUUCCUUUUUGAUUUUUAUCCCACUGAUUUGCUAAAUACUAAAACAACUAUCCCCCUCUGCGUCGGUUUAUAGCACUAGAUGUAUACCUCGACACUUCGCGUCUCGGUAUAUAGUCACCACUAUUCACCUCCCCAAAGUAUUUUCAACAAGAAAAAAAUAUAUGAUAAGAUAAGACUCAUGACGGGUUUCGUCGUGGCGUGAGGUCUUACCUAUAAUAGCGCUAUUACAAAGGCAGAUGUAAACUGAAACGAAAAAUUGCACAUUGGAAUGCCUUAAUAAGUGGCACUUCUCAUCUGUGCGAUCAGUGAAAAUUUCUACAGUUUUGAUUGAGGGCGGGGCACUUGCCCUUUUUUUUUCGUCCCAGCGGCAGGGGCAUUUGGCAGCUCAAGUGUCCCAGCCCACCCCCCCCCCCCCCCCCACCCCAAAGAAAGGGGGUGGGGGGAAGAAGAAGAAAAGAAAGACAGAAACGCGUAUACCCUGGGGUUAGCCCGGGGAAGGAGGGCAUGAGCACAGCUGGAAUUGACUGAUGCAUUAUUUUAAUAAAAAAAAAUAUAGGACAUUCGGCUUUCGUAUGAUCUGAAGAAAUAUUAUGCAGAUCUCAGGAAGUGUUGUCCACAGAGGCUGACCCUCCUCGAUCUGUAAAAUUCGUGAGAGUAUACUCAGCCUCAUUCAAUAAUUGUUAAAUAUCUGACGCUUCUUCCAUUUUACGCAAUUUGUACUGGACGGAGACUGAUAAUUUAGGGCUAGUAACCCUAGGGGUAACAACAACAGGUUGAUUUCCUUCCCCACGUAUUUUUCGUUCUCUCUUGUUGUUGUUGUUGUUGUUUUUUUUUUUGCUCGUUUGCCUGAACCUCAUGUUUUAUCAUUACACAUAUUUUCCCAGUUUAUUGAUUACAGUCGAAAGCUGUUUAUAUUUUUUAGCCUUUUUUGUUCAAAAAAGAACUGAAAUAUUUAAGUAGUAAGAGUCACGGUAAAGUCAAACUUUAAAGGUAGGAUUCAAUUUAAAUUGGCAGUUACUCGACGUACAAUUGCCAAUUGCUGUUUGCCGAAAACGUGAUUUUAAAUCUCACUGUUGUAUGUUAGUAUUAAUGACAUUCGUGUUUAAGGCCCUGUCCACACGUAUCAGUUUAUAUGCUUGAAAACGGAUAUAUAUUUUUUCCUUCGGUUUAGCCUACCGUCCGGUCCACACGUAUCCGCUGAAAACGGUCACCGAAAACUCAUCUUUUCACAAACGCUCUCCAGAGUAGAGAUUUUUGAAAACGCCGGUUUUUCGUUUUCGUGUGGACGGACAAAAAUAGAGGUUUCGAAUACGAUGAUGUCAUACACCAAAAAUACAUCAUUUACAUACAUCGUAGCGUGACGCAUGCUCAAUAAGGGAUAAAGUUUUCGCGUUUUCGUGUGGACGGGCGAAAACGAUUCGCAUACGCUACGUGUGGAUGCGUUUUCAAAAGCAUUCGGAUACGGGUGGACGGGGCCUUUGUCAAUUAGACAGUCGUAGUUUAACGAAGGGAUAAGAAUUUUUAAAAGGAAAGAAGGAAGGAACCCUUUCAUGAACUCAUUAGUUUUUUUUUUGUUUCUUUGCUUGUUGUUGUUGUUGUUUUUCUUAUUUAUAUGUGUGUGUUUGUUUAUUCCAUCAAACUGUUAAGCUGAAGAUGUUCCUACCGUUGGAGGUUCAUCAUCGAAGACAAAGAUGGUGAUUGCCGGCGCAGCUGGUGGGGGCGGUUUGCUGUUACUUAUCGUUACCAUCACGAUCAUUAUUGUCGUCUUUCGCUUCAAAAGGUAGGUUAUGCCUUGUUCAAGCCAACUUUGAAAUUUAAGAGAAGAACCCCCCAAUUUGUAAAAUUUCUAUGAAUUCGAGUAUUGGAAAGGGUUGUAGACUAGUAAUAAUUAAAGCUCAGUUAUAAAUCAUGAUCAAUAAGCGGCUUCUUUUGUGAUAUAAAAGUAAAACAUAUCUCCAGUUUAUGAAAAAAUAUAUAUCAAACGGAUUCAUAACCUUUGCUGACAUUAUGAGUGUUAGCCGAUUCUUGUGUAUAAUGUAUUGAGCUCUCAAAUAUCAUUGUUUUUAAUAUAUAUUUCUGCCAGGUGGUCAAUUUACUGUUCGGGCUUGUUUGAUAAAUCUCAGUUUCUGUGUUUUACAUUUCCAUUAGUUAGCACAUCACCAAGUAGAGGGAAUGACAAGCAUUUACUGGACCAUUUAUCUUUCUCCAAAUCAUUAAAACAUAAAGAAAAUUGCAGUUUUCACACUAGAGACUGAUAUUUAUACGGUAUGUUUUCAGUAGUGUGAAUUUGAGACGAACACACAUUUUAAAGAUUGGUGUUGGUGGCGGCGGGAUCUCAAGUUUCUAAGUGGUGUUAUCACGGUGCAACAAUGGAAAGUUCUACUAAGAAAUUAUCCGAGGAUUCAGUUAAGAGCCCUAACAUUGAACCAUCACACCCACGUGUAUGAUUAAGUGAUUGUGAGGUCUCAAUGUUAAGGGCCUUUAACAGAGUGCGUGGCUAGGUUCUUCGCAGAACUUCUUAGUUGUUGCGCCGUUCUGAUAAGCUACAAUGAAGGCGAAACUUACAGCUGUCAACGGCUACAACCCCGCUCUGUUCAGGGUCCUGUCCCUGUCUUGUUAAUGUCUCGCAAAGUUAAUUUUCAUAUAGUCAAUCCGCUUUCUCUCUCCACUAGCAUCUCUUAUUUUGAACAACAAAAUCACUCCAGGAAGAUUGACCAUGCUAUUAGAAUAUUAAUGAAACGUAAAAUGCUUUAUAACAUCUGCUCAACAUUUCGGAACAGGUCGGAUUAGUGACUUGUAAAAAAUCCUCUGACUUUCAUGGUGUAAUUCGAUUUCAAUCGAGUUUUACAAUCAGAUGGGAACUUGAAGAUAAAAACUUUCUCAAAAUAGACAUUAUCUGUUUAGAUGACAGUUUAAAGUAUCGGAUUAUGGCGAUUAAAACAAAUGAGAACUUCACACCUUUCUCCAACGGCGUGACUUUCAGAAAGCCUCGAGGGACGGACUUGGUAACGGCUUCUGAAUUGAUACCAGGCUUCUGUCGGUCAAAGGCAAAUGUCCCGACCCCGGGGUCGCUUCGCACGAUCAAAAGCCCGACAGAGGGGAUAGUCUCAGGCAUCAAAUGCCCGCCCCUUGCCCGCACUUUCCUCCCACGGGAUUUACAUUGAUAGGUGCAUAUUAUUCAUUCAAAAUAUAUCCCCGAUUCUGAUUGGCUAAAAGCACACGCAUAAUUCACCAUAACCAUUUACUGAUGACCAAAUUUGGAAGAAUUUUAUGUUUAACGAGGAAAUGACGUCAAAAUUGCAGCGUUCUUGCAGGUUAAUGGACCGUUAACCGAGAAGUCCUGGGGACGAGUUUGAGUUGUUGUGGUUGUGAAAACAAAAAAAUGGCGGACAUUUCACUUGUUUCAAGAGUAAGAACCAGGCGAAAUUAUAGCUAAAAACAUGGCAAGAACAGCAAGAACACAACUCGAAGGGCUACAUCUGCUAUUUGGAGAAUAUUUGCGGAGCUGAACAACCCUAAACGUGCACUAUCGAAGGUGAAGUUAACAUGGAUGGAGGUAAGCGUGUUUUAGCUUUGUUUUUAAACUAGGAAUUAUUUCGAACGAAUAAUAAAACAAUUAUUGAAUUCGGCUUUCGUAUCAUAUGAAGAAUUAUGGAGAUCGAGGUGGGUGUUAUCCGCCCCUCCUCGAUCUCUAUAAUUCUUCAUAAGAUACUCAGCCUCACUCAUUAAUUGUUAUUAUUAUUCAUUCAAGAUAUUUCCCCAAUUCUGACUGGCUAAAAGCACACGCAUAAUUCACCAUAAUCAGUUACUGAUGACCAAAUUUGGUAGAAUUUUGACUUUAACGAGGAAAUGACGUCAAAAAUGCAGCGUUCUUACAGGUUAAGGCACCGUGGGAACGAGGCUGAGUUGUUUUGGUUGUGAAAUAAACAUGGCGGACACUUCACUCGUUUCAAGAGUAAAAACUACCGCUGGAACUAGGCGUAAUAAUAGCAAAAACAUAGCAAAAACAGCAAGAAGACAACUCGAAGUGCGACAUCUGCUAUGUGGAGAAUAUUUGCGGAGCUGGACAAACCUAAACGUAAACUAUCGAAGAUAAACUUAACAUCGAUGCAGGUAAGCUUGUUUUAGCUAUGUUUUUAAACUAGGAAUUAUUUUGAAUGAAUAAUAAAACAAUUAUUGAAUUCGGCUUUCGUAUCAUAUGAGGAAUUAUGGAGAUCGAGGUGGGUGUUAUCCGCCUCGGCAUACGGCCUCAUUCAUGAUGAUGAUGAUGAUGAUGAUGAUGAUGAUGAUGAUAUUGUGAGUGGUAAACAACUUACGUCAUAUUUUAUAAGAGUAAGGAUCUGUUUUCAAGGAGGGACACUAGUGGCGACGGUUGUUACCCUUGAGAAAGGGUUACUCUGACUAGUACAAGCACAACUGUUAUUGUGUGCAACUUUGGCUGAUAUGGUUAUUCUAACGUUAUGGUUAUGGUUAUUCUAACGUUAUCUGUGCAACAGCGUUACUCGGAAACUAGGAAAUGUAAGCCUUUGCAGCAAAGGGUAACUAGCCAAUCAAUAUAAGUUUUAUUUAGUUUUUCAGGUUUCUGGCAUCGCAUUUGGUUACCAUGUUAAAAUUCUGAUAUUAUAAUUCUGAUUUUUGUCGCUCUUGGGAACAGCAAGCUCAGAUAUUUUCUUUUCUCUCCUAAGCAGCUCUCUAAUCUAAAAAUCAAAGAUGGCGACUACGCAGGAAAAUAGUGCGCCAACGAACGUUCGCCAGAUGGCGUAGGAAUGAAUGACAUGCAAAUUGAUUGGAGUUAUUUUUAUUUUGUACCCGUAUGCAUCGAAUCGUUUGUUUUCGUUUCUGUUGUUUUUAUUCUUUUUGUGUUGUUGUUGUUUUUCUCAGGAAUAGAACAAACAAGAAGGAAGACCACGUUAUGCCAGAAGAAGGUAACGGAGAAAAAUAAAUUUUAAGCCUUCUUUUUUUUUUUGGCCGGACGAGAUUUAUGAAUGCUCAUGCAAGCUCUUAACACUAAAAGAAAGAUUUUUAACAGCAGUCAAUGAUCGGUGGAGAGGCAACGUUAUAUCGACCCAGAAAAUUCCCCAAAAGAAAUAUUUGCUUUAGGUCUUGGCUGUUACAAUGCAUUUACUAGUUGCUCUAAAUCUUAAAACCUCCUGGAUUGAUUAUGUGCGGAGAAAAAAAACAUAAUAUUUUUUUCCUCGCCAUUUUACUUUGAAAAAUGGUAAGCGACGCCGAUGAUGGCUGCCAUGCUUUUUGUUCUUUGAUUUCAAUUUUAUAUAUUCUAUUCUCAUUAAGUUUUGGAACGCACUCGAUCCUAUCCUACUCUAUUUUAUUUUACUUAUUGUACAGCUUUACUAUCAUUCUGUGCAAAGAUCUUUAUUUCAACUCGUCCUGUUGCACCUGUGGUUUACACUACUUCCUUCGGUACUCGAAUCCCAGUGAGCACAUGGACUAAUCCUUAACACUAUUGGGACCAGGGGAAGGAGCGCACCGCAGGAUCCCCUCUACAACUUUUAGACCGCUCAUGAUACAGCUGGGAAAUUUACAAAGAAUAAUAUCAUAAGUCAUAAUUUGAUCGACACGAUGACGUAAUGUGACGUCAUUCUGAAAUUGUAUGUUCUAGUUAGUUUGCUAAACCCAUAUUUCACCAAUUGUUCUUCCAAAGAUAACAAUAAAGCAUGAACUAAUUGACUCUUAAUCCCAUUUUAAAGGGAGUUCUAACACACAUCCGAUGGAGGAGCUUAACCUCCUUGAAGUUGUGGAAGAAAGAAACGAAGACGAUGUUGUAAAUGUUCCUGAAUACUUGGAAAUAAUAAACAGUCCCUCUUUCGAGCUGAAGCGUGAAAAAAUAGCAAUAGAAAGGCUACUAGGAAGCGGUAACUUCUGCAAAGUUUAUAAAGCCACUUUGGACAACGACACUGUGGCAGUCAAAUCCCUCAAAGGUAAGACACUUUACAUUACCUUGUCAAGUCUUCAUGGGGUCAGUGCGGCGUCCACGCUGGCGAUUACAGUGAGAGUGGUAGAAAGUGCAUACAGUUUUAGUAUGUUUGAUGAGUGAAAUAAAGCUCAGCUGUACUUGCUUUUUACAAUACGACUCUUUUCUGUGCAAAAGUGUAAAACUAAAACCUUUGGUAGGGAUCGAAGUAAUAGUGAUUUCAAAACAACAACAACAAUAAUGAUAAUAAUAAUGAAGGUGUUGUUUUGUCAUAUAGUUAUAAUUUUCUUUUUCAUAUGAAGCAAGAGCCACUUCUAAAGAUAAAGAAGAUGUGAUUACAGAACUGAAUAUUAUGAAGAGACUGAAGCCUCAUCCUCAUGUCUUGAAGCUGAUUGGCUGCUGUAGCAUCAGUGGUAAGUCAGGUCCCACAAUAAUAAAAACUAUUUUAGUAUGUAUAAUAAUAAUAGUUAUGGAAACUUUAUUUGUGUUUUUGAAUGCACCAUUGUAAAACUCGCUACGAAUAGGCAAUUUACAAAUUCUGCUGGAGAUUGGAUUAUUCAAAAAAAAAAAAAAAGAAAGAAAGAAAAAAGACAUCAACAUUGCAUUAAGUCUGGGCUAUCCUAAUUCCUAUUUCUACAACAAAAGAUGUAAUAUGCUCCCCUAAUGGUUAUAUUUAUCAUUUUCUUCAUUAUACAAAGUUGCUUUUUUUGUCAAUGCCAACGUCAUUCAUCAUGUCUAAGAACAUGGAGCAUUCAUCGGAGAAAACGCCAAGGGAGCUCAUGGAGAAAUUUGCAAAUUUCACACAUCGGUAAUUUCUAUCCAUUUCUUUGAUCAAGUUCAGAUAUUUUUCCUUUCUUACGCACUGCAUUGUUAUUAAGAGUGGUUGUCAGAGAAAACCGGGCAAAAUGUUAAAAAUGUCAACGGAAGGGGGUCAACGGAAUAAGUUCAUACUAACAUCAUAGAUAAGUUAGGUGGAGUAAUGGACAAAUAUAAUAAACAUAGGCUCUUCACUGCUCUUGUAUUAGAGAUACGAGCAUCACUUUAUUCGACCCCCUCGGACGCCAUUUUUAUAAGCAAAUUUUCACCAUUUUCUGAAACUCACAGAACCCUCAAAAUUUAACGACCGAAGUUUAUUUUACAUGCGAUACAAUACAUCACAGAACUACUUUCUUAAAACAUAAGAGUUGUUAAGCAGCCACGGACAAGACUAAAAUUUUCUUAUUUUAUCUUACCUAAACUCAGUGUCUGCAAACGAGCAAAAAAUCGGGUAUUUUUGAAUUGACCUACAGCACACAACUAAAACGACAGAACAACUCUGACAGCCAAAUUGCAGUCUACUACUAUCCAUGUAACCAAAACAUUAAUAAUCAUUUUGGGCCAUUGAAACAGGAAGAAAUUAGAAAACUCACAUUUGUUAUAAUUUCCAAGCUUUUUGUUGCAAACAGGCCGAUCCCUUCGUGUUUGUUUUAAGUCCAAGCCCAGGGAAUGCCCAAACAGUGGGUGGGUGGAUCAGGCUUCGGGGUCGGGUCAAAACUAGUGGGGUAGGGAGGGGGCUAUUUUGACACAACCCCUUCAGGAAGCAGUAGAGGCAGUAGAGGCUUUGACUGGCAGCUACCUUGUUCUUAAUUUGCCCCAGCCAGCUGAAUCAGGCCUCUCCUGAGAAUGGUUAUCAUGAUAAUUAUAGAGCUCAGUGGGAGUAACAGGCAGUCAUCCAUUGUCCUGGGUUGGGAGGCUUAAAGUCUUGGUACCAAGGACACACUUAGCAUAAUCACUAAAGCCAUGUUUACAUAAAUUCAGUCAGAUAUAUAUUAAUGUAAUAAUAAUAAUAAUAAUAACAUAUAUUUAUAUAAUAAUUACUAAUUAAUGGUAAUAGUGCUAUGCAACCUGUGCAGGUAUUAAUAAAAGCUUUAGUCAGCCAGUUGUGAACUCUGCUAUGAUAGUUAAAAAAAUAAUGCUACGUGCGUUGUGAUUGAUUGUUUGUAAUGAGCUGGUUACGUACAGUCAAAAGGACACUGUCACGGGCCGAUUUUAUUUUUGUUGUUGUUUUGUCCAACAUGGGGCGCUGUUAUCAAAGUGUUUGCAAGAUAUUUUUUUUUUCGCAUUAAGCCAGUGAAUUAAGGCCUCGAUCUUAACCUUUAGAGGCUUAAAGUUAAGACGAAAAUUUCCAGGGCAGCGCCUCGUGAAAUUCCUUUGUCUUCAUAGUAAGAUACUGCUGACCACUUGUUAGGACUUCAUCAUUACUGUGGUGUUAACUCACUGUGUCAAAAAAAAAAACAUAUGUAUUGGAAUUAACUUUUUGAAUGCGCACACUGCCCUUUAAUAUGGCUCUCCUGUACUGGGAAAGUAGAUCUUCUUUCGAGAAAUUAAAUUGAGAAAACAUCCUCGGAGACCGAAGGCCGACGGUCAGUUGGGUCGGGGAAAACGGCGGCAAAAAAUUUCAAGAACAGGUGAGAGAGCCCCUGGGAUGCUACUCUUAAACAACCAGUUCCACGACUCUUUCGAAUGCUUGUCUGGGAUUGUGAACAAAUUUUCCAAUAGGAGACCAGCAUCUAUCGCGCUGCUUUCGUGAUCUCUUUAUACGAAGGAAAUUACCACCAAACUCGACUGUUCGCUGUACGGUCUGGCUCGUGCAGGAGAGUUUUCUUCGAGUUUUCAGUGAAAACUCGCCCCGAAAAACCAAAGAAAUUCCAUAAUUGGUAAAUUUCCGUAUAACCUACUGCAUUUUUCAUGCAUGCAGCAAUUUCAUACUAUUUUGCACACAUAGUUGAUUUAAAUAGAGUGGAAACAUUUAUGCAUAAUAGUGUAAAUGUUUGAGGUUAUACAGAAAUCUUACCCCAUAAUUAGCUAUUAUCUAGCAUGUUAGCAAAACGGAACAAAUCGCAAAAAUAAGGAAUUCAAGAAAUCAGACUGUGGACUGAUCGAAGGCAAAUUCAUGAACAGUUCUUCUAGGCUUCCUCAUGCGAAAUCGUCUGCAUCGCUCUUUACGACAGCUCGGCAUAUAUAGUUGUCAGGUACGUUCCCUGUACAGUUUGUAAAUUUUUCUCCUCAGUGACACAAGAGGAUGGAACGAAACUGUUAGAGUAGAUUUGCACAGUUGCAUAAACAAGCCUAGAACACUUCUAGAAGUACUCUCACUGGUGUUUACGAACUUACCUUUGAUCAGUUCUCAGUCUGAUUUCCUCAGUUGGUUCAUUUUUCGUUUUAUUUUGUUUUGUCAACAUGCUAAAUUAUGGAAUUUCUUUGGUUUUUUUUGGGGGGGGUGGGGGGCACUUUCACUGAAAACUCAUCUUGGAGAAAGCUUUCCUGCAUGAGCCAGACUGGUACGGCGGACAUCCGAGUUUUCAGGUAAACUUCUUUAUAUUCCGAAAGGAUCACGAAAGCAGCGGGAUAGAUGCUAGCCUCCGAUAUUAGGCCCAAAAACAAUCACAGACAAGCAUUCGAAUGAGCCGUGGAACAGGUUCGUUAAGAGUAUUUUCCCAGGGACUCGCUCACCCGUUCUUAAAAAAAUUUCGCGGCCGUUUCUCCUCACCCAACUGACCGCCCCUGGGUAUCCGGUCAUGAUUAAGAUUAUCAUAAUGAUUUUCUUGACAAAUUAUAAGAUAAUUUACGUCUUCAGAUCCCCUACUGAUCGUCUUAGAGUAUUUACCAUAUGGUGAUCUACUGGGAUAUCUGAGGAAGAGCAGAGGACAUUCAGACAACUACAACACAGGAGAGAAAAAACCCGCAUCCAAACUCACAGCCAAGGAUCUCUUAUCUUUCGCAUGGAUGAUAGCUGAUGGAAUGCAUUAUUUGGCCACAAUGAAGGUUAUCUACGAUAAUAGUCUACAAAGUCCUUUGCUUAACACCUAAUAACAGCAAAGCAAAGCAAUACACCCGUCGCGAUUUCUGAAAUUUCAACCCAUAUUGCCAGACUUCGUCGUUUUUAAAACACCUCUGGUAUGUAGUGGCGCAGUUAAAUACAUGGUCCCUUUUUUAUCAGUUUUGAAUAUAAGAAAACCCUCCAAAAAACCAAAAAUGUUAUGAAACUUCCUUGGAUGCAUGUUUCAGUUUUCAGAGAAUAAAGGAGACGUGACUCUAGGAGCUUUUCUACUUUUGGCUGCUCGAGAGCUAAAAAAAAAUUAUUGUCAUACAGCUCAACAACUAGAGCCCUCUUGCUUUUUUUAUUAAUUAAUUUGCUUGUUUGUUUUUACGGUUUGUUUGUUUUUAUUUUAGAUCAUUCAUCGUGAUUUGGCUGCUCGCAACAUUCUUGUUGGCGAAAACCAAGUGUGCAAAAUUUCUGACUUUGGACUUGCUCGUGACGUAAAUGAUGACAUUUAUGUGCGCACGUCACAGGUAGCAUUUAGUCUUCUUUGUGUUAUAGUUGUUGCCUGCAACUGAGUUAAGCUUGAAAAAAAAUUCUGAAACCAGUCUAAAAGAAAAAAGGCUAUUCGCCACCUUUUCUUUUUUUUUCGUUUGCUUAUUCAUCUGACAACGCUCUUCUUCUUUUCUUUGCCAAAGGCUCGACUUCCAGUCAAGUGGAUGCCUCCAGAGUCUCUCUUUCACGGUGAAUCCAGCACCAUGAGUGACGUGUUAGUAGCCACAUUUUAGAUAGUCGGCGUAGUAAAUUACUAUGAAAUACGUCAAGUGCUUUUUAAGGACCUAGCCACUUUUGCUUUGGAGCAUGCGUAAUUGUAACCAAAAAAAUGAGCACUUUAGACAUUUUAACUGAUGGCCGUCCCUUCUAUGGUUUACGUAUCCAGUGGGCCCCUUUGAGUGUUGUGUUAACGUAGAAAGAUCUUGAGACUCUCCUUGCUAGUUGGAACCGAAAUCAUUUCCCUGAUUAACUUUUUUUGUUUGUUUGUUUCUGAUUUGUGGGAUAAUCAUAAUAGAAAUACAGGCUUUUUUAAUGAAUUCUCCAUAACCAAUGUACUAUAAUUAACAAACUUUUUCUUAUGCUUGUUUUCUCUUUUUCAGGUGGUCAUACGGAAUUGUUCUAUGGGAGGUUUUUACAAUAGGUAACUGAGGAACAAUUGAAUCUAUAUGACUUACUUUUAGGGACAAAAAUAAGUAUUGUAAUGGUUAAUGCACAAUCCUUAAAUCUAUUUAACAGGGGACUCGCCGUAUCCCGGUUUCACUGCCAGGCAGACGGUGUCUAUGCUUGAAAGAGAAUAUCGGAUGCAACGUCCAAUCCAUAUUUCUGAGGAACUGUGAGUAAUUUAGUAUUAUAGCAACCUGCAAAAAGUGGUAACCCUCAAUUCAUUUCUGAGAGUGUGAAUUGUGGUUGUCAAUCGAUUGAUUAUUAAAAGGGUUGGUUGAUAAGUUGAUGGAUGGAUUGAUGAUAGUUCCGUAGUAGUCAAUCGACUUUAUGUUUCGCGAUAUUAAUGGAUAUACCUUUUUACAUUUUUUUUCCAGGUGGGAAGGUUAAUCGCCGAGUAUAUAUUAAAUUAUGAAAUUUUGAGGGUGAUAAUUAUCGUGUUUUCCAGGUUUUCCAUUAUGUCUGAAUGCUGGUCUGAGAAACCUGAAGAGCGCCCGACAUUCAAGUGGAUCUGCACUGCUGUUAAUAGGCUGAUAAAAGAUACUAAGGUAGAGACAGUGACUCGUUCCUUUCACUAGCAUUUAUUUUUGACUAUGCUUUUGCGGUAAGCAAGCCAAGACCAUCGCUUUCGAGAUUGGGGCAGGGUGACGGGGGUAUGGCGGAUUCAAACAGGUUAUUUAAAAUUGCUUUCCUGAUCUAUGUUACAGAGUGGGAAACUAAAAAGAUCAAUCCGGUGCUAGAUUGCGUGCUCAAAAGUUUAAAAAUAAAAAAUUUCAAAAAACAAGGGAAACAUUCCCAGAUAAAUACAUGAAUUUUCAACAUUUAUUUAUUUUUUUUUUUUUUUUUUCAUAACCGGUAUAUCUAAUUCAGGUAACCUUUACAGUUUUCCUAACUUUUAACGAAAAUUCCUCUUCCUGAUAAGACUUUUUUUAUAAAUUUAGGGUCGGUUAUUUAGAGGAAGUCUUACUUAAACCGCGGUUUAAAUAAUCUCUGGACCUCCAGAUCUCUUCAUCAAUGGGUUAUUUCAAGAAGACAAAUGCUUUUCUACUCUACACUAAAUUCCUUCAUGAAACUGUUCACGGUAAAUGGUGUUUACGUAAAAGCGUUCAGCAAACUGAAAAUGGCUUAGAACGCAGUUUUGUUAAACGCUGGCUUAACUCGGUUUAAAUAAUUGGCCCUUAGUCUCUUACCGCAUUCAUUUGCGUAACCAAGAGAGCCUAUUCGCAGUAUAACUUGAGUCUCCCCGCCCCCUCCCAACUCCUUCCCAAUAACUAUCGUUUAGGCUGUUUUAUAAUUGAUUUUUUCAUUAUAAAACGAUAGGGAAAAAUUCACGUACCGUUCCUACCCCAUUACACCACGAAAACCACCCCUCAAACAAAUAUCAAACCCUUCGUUUGAUCUUGUGAGCUGGUGAGCUGUUUGUUUUAUUUGAUUAUUAAUAUUAUUUUUAGUUUAUUUUAUUUUUCAACAGCCAAAGGAAAAACCUUUUUUUUUUUUCGUCAGUAAAUGGACGAUAUUUAUUCUUGAAUAACCUAUAGGACUUAUUUUGUUAUUUAAACAGACCUGCAUCGACCUGGAUGAGUGUAAUGACGCGGAUUACGUCAACUUUGAUAUGGCUGAGGGAGCUCAGUGA